UAGCGCGCGACCUUCUUCAUAUACUUCUGAUUUUAAAGUCAGGGGUAUGGCGAAACUUUUUUGCGCUACUUCUUCAUUCCUGCUUUGUGCACAGUCAAAACUUGAAAUUUAUUAUAAUUAAAUUUGAAAGUUCAUUGUCCGUCUUCAUAAUUAAGUGAAAAGGGGUUUUCCCACUUUGCGGUACAUGGUUUCUCGAAGUCUUUGAAAAUUCAUUAUUCAGGUGCUACUAUAGUAGUUUUUUCGUAUUUGCAUCGCAGACUGGCAAUUAUUUCUACUUAACUAUACACUCAGAGCAGACAAAUCAUUUAUCUUCAUAUGAAAUGACAUUAUCUAAGCUACUGCGGGUGAAAACUACAUUGAUGCACAGAGUACUUUAAGUAAAUAUUUCGACCUCUUAAUAUUUACUUACUAUAUCGCAAGAGACUAACGUGUCUACUAUAUGGUCUGCUACAUGUGUAAAUUUAUGUUAAUUUAGCCUUUUCGAUUAUCUAUUAUUUCUUAUUUCAGAGACGAUUUGAUUUUUGUGUUUCAUGAAAUAUCAAUAGAACUGGGUAAUGAUAUAAUCGAUCCUCUUAAGUCAACUAUCUAUUUUUACUGUUAUGUAUAUAUAAGUUAACAGAUUUCUAAUUGCCAUUUUUAUUCAAAUCCCCCAAUUUUCGUUAAUGGAGUUCCCUAAUCUAGGAGCGAACUGUUCAGUGCCAACUUGUCGAAUGCUUGAUUUCUUACCCGUUCGGUGUUCUGGAUGUCAUGGUGUUUUCUGCAAGAACCACUAUCUGUACGAUAGUCAUAAUUGUAAAAGUCCCGAUCUUAAGGAUAAACAGGUCCCUGUGUGUCCCUUGUGCGGAACCAUAGUCCCUCUUAAACCAGGCGAGCUUCCAGAUGUAAAAGUCGGGAACCAUAUCGAUACAGAUUGUCGGUCAAAGCCAGCUUUAGAGUUAAAAGGAAAGUUAUUCACAAAUGCUUGCUGUGUCCCACGAUGUAAAAAGAAAGAACUUAUACCUUUUGUUUGUGAUAGAUGCAAAUCAAAUUUCUGUAUUUCACAUCGUAAUGAAUUAGAUCAUAAUUGUAAGGGAUUUCAACAAAAUCUGAAUAAUUCUAGAAAGUUGUCAACUUCUGGUGCAGCAGCUCUCUAUAGAGCUAUCUUUAGCAAUUUCAAUACAAAUUCGACUUCGAAGAAUGUAUCGCCAACAAACACGAUUCACUUAUCAUCACCUGUUGAUCUUUCACUGCCAUGUAGUGUAAAUUCCCGUGAACUUCAGGAAGAAGAAGAUUUACAACUAGCUUUAGCAUUGUCUGAAUCACUUUCCAGUCGAACAUCUCAUUCACAACCGUCUAGAAGAACACAUCACAAUACCUCUUCAAAAUCGUCGUGUAAUAUUUCUUAAUUUAUUUGCUAUUUCUAUGUAUAGAGUAAACUCACUUUAAGCUUCAGGUUAUAUAUGCUCAUGUACCAAUUCUUUAAAAUACAAGAUUUUGAUUAUGUUUUUCUUUCCUGGUAAUAUUUAAAGAACAAAUAUGUGUCGUGAUUUUACAGCUUACUUUUUUUACUCAACAAAGAUUUUUAUUUAUAAAAAAGUGAUGUAAUUUACUGUUUCAAUUUAUUCUAGUCCGAGUUCAAUAUUAUCCUCUUACUAUUGUCUAUAUUGAUUGUGGGAAUUUGUACAAGCUUAAUUGUAAUGAUGAUACUGAAUUCUUUCACAAAUAGAUUAUAUUUUCCAA